GUGAUAAGCACGCCUGGCACUCAUCAUUCUCUCUCUCUUUAAAACCUUUUGGAAGCUUUUCCUCUCUUCUUCUUCUCAAAAGAUCGCUUCAUUUCUAGGGUUUUUCUCUCUCUCCUCUAUCUAUCUACCUGACAAGGUCGGCAUAGUCCAGAUUUAGGACAUUUCAACUUUCUUCUUCCAGCCAAAGCGUACAGAGAAUACUUCAAAACCCAAGACCAAUAUGGCUGUUUCCAUGAGGGAUUUGGACCCUGUUUUUCAGGGAGCUGGGCAAAAGGCUGGAAUGGAGAUCUGGCGUAUUGAAAAUUUUCGUCCCGUGCCUGUUCCAAAAUCUUCCUAUGGCAAGUUUUUCACAGGAGAUUCAUAUGUAAUUCUGAAGACAACUGCCUUGAAGAGUGGUGCUUUUCGUCAUGACAUCCAUUACUGGAUUGGCAAAAACACAAGCCAGGAUGAAGCUGGUACUGCAGCCAUCAAGACUGUGGAACUGGAUGCAGCACUUGGAGGACGCGCUGUUCAGUACCGGGAGGUACAGGGGCAUGAAACCGAGAAAUUCCUAUCUUAUUUCAAGCCUUGCAUCAUACCUCAAGAAGGUGGGGCUGCAUCAGGGUUCAGGCAUCCUGAUGUUAAUGAGUAUCAGACCCGUUUAUAUGUCUGCAAAGGAAAGCAUGUUGUCCACGUAAAAGAGAUCCCUUUUGCUCGGUCAUCACUCAAUCAUGAUGACAUAUUCAUUCUGGAUACCAAGUCUAAAGUCUUUCAGUUCAAUGGAUCCAACUCAUCUAUUCAAGAAAGGGCUAAAGCUCUUGAAGUUGUCCAGUACAUCAAAGAUAGUUAUCAUGAUGGGAAGUGUGAGGUGGCUGCCAUUGAGGAUGGAAAAUUGAUGGCUGAUGCUGAAACUGGAGAAUUCUGGAGUUUCUUUGGUGGCUUUGCUCCACUUCCUAGAAAAGCAGCCACUGAUGAUGAUAAGCAAAAUGAAGCUUACCCUGCAAAGUUGCUUUGCAUUGAGAAAGGGCAGGCACAGCCCGUUGAGGCUGAUUCCCUAAAAAGAGACUUGCUGGACACGAACAAAUCCUACCUGCUAGAUUGUGGACUGGAAGUUUUCGUGUGGAUGGGCAGAAAUACUUCUCUUGAUGCUAGGAAAAGUGCAAGUGCUGCUGCAGAAGAGUUACUUCGUGGUCCUGACAGGCCAAAAGCUCACAUAAUUCGCAUUAUUGAGGGGUUUGAGACGGUGAUUUUCCGGUCAAAGUUCGAUACAUGGCCGCAAACAGUUGAUGUAACUGUAUCUGAGGAUGGUAGAGGCAAAGUUGCAGCACUCUUAAAACGUCAAGGAUUUAAUGUGAAGGGCCUGCUGAAAGCUGCUCCACCAAAAGAAGAACCCCAGCCGUACAUUGAUUGCACUGGCAAUCUGCAGGUUUGGCGUGUGAAUGGGCGGGAAAAGAUUCUCAUUCCAUCUUCUGAACAGUCAAAGUUUUAUAGUGGAGAUUGCUAUAUCUUUCAGUAUACAUAUCCUGGCGAUGAUAAAGAUGAAUAUCUUGUUGGAACCUGGUUUGGAAGGCAAAGCGUCGAGGAAGAGAGGACUGCAGCAAUCUCACUGGCCAGCAAAAUGGUUGAAUCUUUGAAGUUUCAGCCUGUUCAGGCUCGCAUCUUCGAAGGCAAGGAACCUAUUCAGUUCUUUUCUAUCUUUCAGAGCUUUAUGUUAUUUAAGGGUGGUGUUAGCUCUGGAUAUAAGAACUACAUCAAAGAAAAAGAAAUCAGUGACGAGACAUAUACAGAAGAUGGUGUUGCAUUGUUUAGAGUUCAAGGUUCUGGCCCGGAUAAUAUGCAGGCUAUUCAAGUUGAACCGGUGGCAUCGUCUUUGAAUUCCUCUUAUUGCCACAUAUUACAAAAUGGCUCUACUGUUUUUACGUGGUCUGGAAACCUUACCACCUCAGAGGACCAGGAGCUUGUUGAAAGACAGCUAGAUCUGAUAAAGCCUAAUGUACAGGCCAAACCACAAAAGGAGGGUACAGAAACUGAACAGUUCUGGAAUUUACUUGGAGGUAAAUGUGAAUACCCCAGCCAGAAGAUUAACAAAGAAGCAGAAAGUGAUCCUCACUUGUUUUCUUGCACUUUCUCAAAAGGCAAUUUAAAGGUGACAGAAAUAUUCAACUUCACCCAAGAUGAUUUGAUGACGGAAGAUAUAUUCAUUUUGGACUGUCACUCGGAUAUAUUUGUUUGGGUCGGGCAGCAAGUGGACUCUAAAGGCAGAAUGGAAGCUUUGAAUAUUGGGGAGAAAUUUCUUGAACGGGAUUUUCUUUUGGAAAGAUUAUCUCGAGAGACUCCAAUCUUCGUUGUUACUGAAGGGAGUGAGCCACCCUUCUUUACACGCUUCUUCACUUGGGACUCUGCAAAAUCAACAAUGCAUGGGAACUCAUUCCAAAGGAAGCUUGCAAUAGUGAAGAAUGGAGUCACCCCAACUUUAGAUAAGCCCAAAAGGCGAACACCCACAUCACAUGGAGGAAGGUCUAGCGUGCCAGACAAAUCCCAGCGUUCCAGAAGCAUGUCCUUCAGUCCUGAUAGAGUUCGUGUAAGAGGCAGGUCCCCUGCCUUCACCGCGCUUGCUGCCAAUUUCGAGAGUCCAAAUGCAAGGAACCUUUCUACUCCACCUCCAGUCGUUAGAAAGCUGUAUCCAAAAUCUGUGACACCAGACUCUGCAAGCCUGGCUCCCAGAUCAGCAGCAAUAGCAGUCCUCACCUCUACUUUUGAACCUGCAGCUGCACGGGAGAGUAUUAUACCACGGUCAAUUAAAGUGAGCCCCGAGGUCCCCAAAUCAAAACCAGUGGCAGAGUCCAAGGAGAACAAUAAUUCUAUGAGCAGUAGAAUUGAGGCCCUUACUAUACAGGAAGAUGUGAAGGAAGGUGAGGCUGAAGAUGACGAUGGGCUCCCCGUAUUCCCCUACGAACGCCUAAAGAUAUCAUCCCCUGAUCCUGUCAAAGAGAUUGACGUGACCAAGCGAGAGACGUACCUAUCUUCGGAAGAAUUUCGAGAGAAAUUCGGCAUGGCAAAGGAAACUUUCUACAAGCUACCCAAAUGGAAGCAGAAUAAGCUUAAAAUGGCUCUUCAGUUGUUCUGAGACUACCAGAGACUUGUAGUUCAUGUCCCAUCAACCAGCAUGCAGGCUGUGAAGAACCAAGCCUGCAAAUCUAGGGACCCAAACUUAGGUGUGAAGGGUAAGCGUCAGUGCCUUUUUAGCUGCUUCUGCUCCCCAACAAUUCCAUGCCAUGAUCGACGACUGCCUAUCGGGGUUUCCUCAUUUUUCCUCCCAUGUUGUUUGGAUAUCCAUCUUUCUUUCUUUUCUUUCCUUCUUUAAUUAUUAUUAGCUGCUUGGUAUUCUUUUUGGUCACAGGUUUUGAUUGUGAGCUUGCAUUUUUGUUUUCUUUGCUUUUUUUUUUUUUAAAUUCAACAAUUGUUUCUACAAGAAUGAUUAAGAAAAAAAGAGGAAAGAGUCGUGCAGACUUCUAUGACUGUAUUUGUGUAUUGGAGGGAUGAUGAACAGUGUGUACAGCUGAGUGUAAAACAUUUAUUUGCGAAACCGAACAGUCUUGGUUUGUUUUUCAGAAAUAAAUUCCUCUUUUUUGGGUGCU